UAGGCCAUCAAGGUGGCCCAUGGAGUCAGGGGUAGUUGCGGACACCCAUGAAUCCCCUCAACAUCCACCUGAAGCCAACCGCUCCCAAAAAUGUAGUCAGCGAUCCAUUGAGGUCAAGCCAGCUUCCAUAUAUAUUCCCACUACCAUUCACAUUACCGACCACUCGAGUCACUCGACGAAGCAAUGAAUGCUUCUUCUGCAGCGAAGGGAAACAUCAUAAACCUUCACCGACAAAAGAAGCAUAAAAUGCGUGUGUUAAGAGGAACCUUAGCAGUACAGAGCCGAUCGACAGUAUUAGCUGAUGGGGAGUCUAUGCUAUCUUUUGUGUGUGCUAAUUGUGAGCCUUCUCAACCCAAUCAGCUGCCAUGGCCAGGCAAAGCCUGAGGGAGAAGAACAUAAGGCCUUGUUUGUAUUUGGGGACUCCCUCUUUGACGCCGGCAACAACCAGUACCUCAAUGGUAGCGUGGAAGGGGGUGGAGCCAUUUCCUGGCCGUAUGGGGAAACCUUCUUCAAGCAUCCCGCUGGGAGACUCUCCGAUGGCCGCCUAGUCCCCGAUUUUAUUGCCCAGUUCGCCAAGUUGCCUCUACUUCCACCAUAUCUACAACCAAUUGAGCAUCAAUUCACCGAUGGGGUCAACUUUGCUUCAGCUGGAGGUGGUGUUCUUGUUCAAACCCACCCUGGAACGAUAAAUCUCCCAACUCAGCUAAGCUAUUUUAAGACUGUAGUGAAGUCGCUGAGGCAGAAACUAGGUGAUGUAGAAGCCAAGAAAGUGCUGAUGAGAGCUGUAUACUUGUUUAGCAUUGGAGGCAACGAUUACUUCAGCUUUUCCACACAGAACCCAAAUGCUACUCAGUCCUACCGAAGACAAUAUGUGGGGAUGGUGAUCGGCAACUUGACUAGUGUGCUCAAAGAAAUAUAUGGUUUAGGAGGAAGGAAAAUUGCAUUUCAGAAUGCAGGACCUUUGGGUUGCGUACCCAUCAUGAAAGCAAUGAAUCCUCAACUUGGUAGUGAGUGUGCCAAAGAACCCUCAGCUCUGGCAAGGCUACACAACAGAGCUCUAGCCAAUGUCCUUAAAAACCUAGAGAGCAAGUUACCAGGAUUCAAAUAUUCAGUAUUUGAUUACUACAAUGAGCUUGAAGACAGAAUUAAAAACCCUUCAAAAUAUGGGUUCAAAAAUGGUAACUCUGCGUGUUGCGGCAGCGGAGCGUUUAGGGGAAGGAAUUGUGGGAAAAACGAAACAGAGCCGUAUGAAUUAUGCAGUGAUCCGAGUGAGUAUGUGUGGUUCGAUGGUGCCCACACUACUGAAACGGCAAAUCGCCAGUUAGCUGAGCUGAUAUGGAGUGGAACACCAAAUGUCUCAGGGCCUUACAAUAUGAAGCAACUAUUUGGACAUGCUGGCCCUUCUCAUUCCAUUUCCAUCCACUAAUUAUUGCGUUGCUAAGUUGGAAGAGAAGAAGAAGCAUGCGGCAUUGUUCAUCUUUGGAG